GGUGUUCCAGGUGUUCCAGGUGCUCCAGGUGCUCCAGGUGCUCCAGGUGUUCCAGGUGUUUCAGGAUGAAGCUCCGCCUGUCGUCUCUGGAGUUCUUCCUCUCCGUCUUGGUGUCUCUGCUCCUCGCCUGCUGCCUCGGGCUCAUCGUCAUGUCGUGGCUCAGUCUGAAGUCUGAAGGCGGCGCUGAGCCGGCGGCGCUGAGCGGGCGGAUGGCGAUCACACACGGAGCGAUCUUCUCUGAGGAGCUGAAGAACUCCAGCAGUCUGCACUUUAAAUCUCUCGCCUUCGACGUCCAGCGCCUGGUGUCUGAGGCGUUCGGUCACAGUGAUCUCCGACUGAACUUCAAGUCCUGUCAAGUUUUAUCCUUCAGUCGGGGCAGCGUGCUGGUGACCUUUGACCUCUGGUUCAAUCAGCUGGUCGACGCGCAGGAGGCGGAGCAGCAGCUGGGGGCGGGGCUUCAGGAGGCCGAGGGCGUUGGAUUGGUCAUCGACAGAAACAGCAUCCAGGUCACAGAGAAACGUGACGAGACGACGGCGGCGCCAAUCGUCACGCCGACAGCAGCGCCGCCGACCUGUCCGACCUCAGCGGUAACCUCAGACGAGGAUCGGCUCACCUGUACCUUUGAGCGCGGCGUGUGUUUCUGGAGGCAGCAGGAAGAUGAUGAUGGCGACUGGAUUCGAACCCGCGGCUCCACGUUCCCUCCGCUGUCCGGGCCGAGCAUCGACCACACGUUGGGGAACAGCUCAGGCUUCUACAUGGUUACUCCUCUGAGUCCCGGCCAAUGGCUGAAGACCUUCAGGAUCCACAGUCUCCCUCUGACUCCGCCCACACAGCCCAUGUGCCUGAGCUUCUGGUACCACAUGUUUGGCGAGGACGUCCACCGUCUCAGCAUCCUGCUGGCUGAACCCAACGUUACCGUGGUGUUCCAGAGAGACGGUAACUAUGGCGACAACUGGAACUACGGACAGGUGACCCUUAACCUGACAACGACGACCACGGUGGUGUUCGAGGCGCUGAAGCACGGCGGGAUGGCGAACGACAUCGCUCUGGAUGACAUCACACUGACCUCUGAGCCCUGUGGCCCCGCCCCCCCUGAACCGACCAAUGUACCGCCUCCGACAACCCAGCCGCCGAUUCCAGCUGACUGUGGAGGACCCUUUGAUCUCUGGGAGCCGAACUCCACCUUCAGCUCGCCAAAUUACCCAGAAUCCUACGGGAACAAGGCCCAGUGUCUGUGGACGCUGCAUGCUGCUGAGGGGCGGAGCCUCCAGCUGCACUUCCUGGACUUUGAUGUGGAGGCGGGCCAUGACGUGGUGGAGGUCCGGGACGGGGCGGGGCCAGACUCCACCCUGCUGGCCGUUCUCACAGGCAGAGGCCCCGCCCAUGACCUGUUCUCCACAGCCAAUCAGCUGUCAGUCUGGUUCUUCACCGACAAGUCGGGUCACGGCCGCGGCUUCAACGCCAACUUCACCUCCGGGGUCAAUCUGGGGUCACCAGCGGCGUGUGCCGACGGUCAGUUCCAGUGUCACACAGGAAGUUGUAUCCAUGGUAACGGCCAGUGUGAUGGCGAGGUCGACUGCCCCGAUGCCUCCGACGAAGCCGACUGUGUUGUGUUGCAGGGGAACAGCUCCCGUCGUCUCCAGUUUCAACUUGUUUCCUCUCUGUUCACCGUAUGUUCUGACACCUGGAACCCUCACCUGUCUGACUUCACCUGUCAGUACCUGGGCUACAGGUCUGGGGAGGCCACUCUGCUGCCGGCUUUGCCAGAAGAUUCCCCGUUUACAAUCAUCACUGUCACAGACAACAGAACCCUGGAAACUACUGUCAGUGAAACCUGCAACAGCAACAAAGUGAUUUCUCUGAGCUGUGACAACCAGCCGUGCGGCGUGCGGCGUGUCACUGGUGACUCGGGGAACACGGACCAAUCAGAAGGUGAGACAAUGACCUCAUCUGACUGUUGUUACCUGGCAGGUGAGGGCAGAGUGGUGGGCGGGGCCAACGCGGUGAAGGGGGCGUGGCCAUGGAUGGCGUCUCUGUGGUGGCGGGGCCGACACGUGUGUGGAGCCUCUCUGAUUGGCCGAGACUGGCUGCUGACAGCGGCUCACUGCGUCUACGGGAAGAACGUGGACCUCCACUGGUGGUCGGCUGUUCUCGGUCUUCACUCUCAGAGCGACUCGGACUCGUUGGACGUUCAGACUCGACGAGUCGAUCGCAUCGUCAUCAACAGGAAGUACAACCGACAAACCAAACAGGCCGACAUCGCCAUGAUGCACCUGCAGGAGCCAAUCAGCUUCACCCAGUGGGUCCAGCCGCUGUGUUUACCUGCUGAAGGUCAUGACAUCACAACAGGAACUAAAUGUUUCAUCGCAGGCUGGGGACGAGAGGCUGAGGAGGGUUCCCUCCCUGACGUUCUGCAGGAGGCUCAGGUUCCGGUGGUAGAUUCGUCUCAGUGUCAGCUUCAGCUACCUGAGUAUGACAUCACCUCCAGCAUGCUGUGUGCCGGAUACCCCGAGGGAGGGAUCGACUCCUGCAAGGGCGACUCUGGAGGUCCAAUGAUGUGUCUGCAGGACGGAUACUGGACUCUGAUUGGCGUGACAUCAUUCGGGGUCGGCUGUGGUCGACCUCAGAGACCAGGAGUCUACGCCCGAGUCUCCUCCUUCAGCUCCUGGAUCGCCCAGACCAGACGCUCCUCCUCUCCUGACUCCUCCUGACUCCUCCUGACUCCUUCUGAC